AUAAAGGGUUUGUGUUUGUUCCUGAAGGCGUCAUUUAAACUAGUUUACUGAGGAGCCAGAAUAACCGAGGGAAAGAUGUGGGUGCCAGAGGAGGACGGCAUGGCUGCAGGUAAGGCAUCAGGGUGUGGGGUUCAACUGAAUAUGUGACGUCUGUUCUAGUCAAAUGAAGUCCAACAUAAUCAAAUUGUGGGCUUGUAAGUUUGAAAUACUCAGAAACAUGAUUUAAAUCAAAGGAUGAAAUUUGUUGUGUAUUUUUAGUGUCACACAAAAAUCCAAACAUUUGGAAGGUGUCAUGAGCAGGAAUGUUUUAAAUAUGAUCACUUUUCACGAAGAAAACUCACUUUCUACCACGAGGAACUGAAAACUCCUUAUUUGUGGAACUGCCUCGAGAAUGAAACACCCUUUUGUUAGAAACGCCACUGAUUUCACUUCCUGUUUUACCUCCUUCACGAGGUCCCUGAAGGUUCCUCUUGCUUCCCCUCUGAUCAUGUUUGAUUUCAUGUUUCUGUUUGUUAAUCUUUUUCUUUCUUUCUUUCUUUCCUUUUUUCUUUUUCCUUCUUUCUUUUUCUUUGUUUUUGUCUUUUCAUUUCUUUUUUUUACUUCUUUCCUUAUUUCGUUUUCUUUCUUUCCUUUUUUCUCUCUCUUUUCAUUCCUUGUCUUUUGCUUUCUUUUUUCUUUUUUCUCUCUUUUGUUUUCUUUGUUUCUCUUUCCUUCUUUCUUUGUCUUUUUUCUGUUUUCUUUCUCUUUCUUUACUUUUUUCUCUUUCCCUUUGUCUCCUUUCUUUUUUCCUUCUUUUUUUCUUCCUUUCUCUCCUUUUUCUUCUUCUUUUUCCCUUCUUUCUUUUUCUAGUUUUGUUUUCUUUUUCAUUUCUUUUAUUACCUCUUUCUCUUUAUUUUUUUCUUUCUGUCCUACUGUCUUUUUUUCUUUCCUUUUUCCUUUUUUCUUUCCUUUUCCUUUUUUCUUUCUUUCUCUCUUUCUUAAUUUUUUCUUCUUUCUGUCCUCUUUUUCUUUUUCUUUUUUCUUUCUCUUUUCUUCUUUCUUUUUCUUUUCUUUCUUUUUUGUUUCUCUUUACUUUUUUCUUUACUUUUUUCUUUUUCUUUCUUUUCUUCUUUCUUUCUUCUUUUAUUUUUUCUACUUUCUUUUUCUGAUUCUCUUUCUUUCUUUCUUUCUUUCUUUCUACCUUCCCUCUUUUUGGUGUCAGUAAAUUUUCCUGUUUCCCCUCCCACAGAGUCUGAUGAAGAGAGCGGUUUAUCUUUCUUUCUUUCGUUCCUUCUUUUUGGUGUCAGUAAAUUUCUCCUGUUUUCCCUCCCACAGAGUCUGAUGAAGAGAGCGGUUUAUCCUCUGAAGAUGAAGAUGAUGAGGGAGACAUUCAGGUAUCAGCAGAAGUGACAGGCCGUGAAUGACUUCUUAAUUUAUGUCGUUUUCUGACACAUCUCUGAGGAAACACUGAUUAUCGUGCUCCGGCAGAUGUCAAUCAACUUUGACCAUGUAAUGAAAAAAAUGAUUCAUGAAAAAAAGAGACAGGCGCUGGUAGAAAAAUCACAGAGACUUAAUCACGCUGUUGAACUCAAGUCAAAAGGUGAAAAUGGGAGGAAAUGACAGUUAGGUGUACGACUUUGAUUACAUCAACAAGAGAACUGCUUUUUUUAAUGCCUCAGCCUUCUGAUUCAUAUGUGGAUUCAAUCAAUUAAAUUCAUCGACAGUCUAAUUUUGUUUUGCUCAUUGUUGAUUCGUUUUGUUGAUGUUUGAUCUGAAGUAUGAGAUCCUGGAGAAGCAGAGGGAUGAAGCCAAUCAGAGACUGUCUGAGCUGGAGGAAGGUGAGAACCAAACCUGCUGGUUCUCAUUAAAGACCAAAAACAGGCUUUUAGGUUUCUCCAGAGGUUCUCUUCCAUCAGUUUCUCUGAUGGUUAAAAUGAGGUUAACAGGAAGAGCUAACAGCACUUUAUGGUUUCAGCCUCCAGUCAGCUCCUCAAGGAAAUCAAUGUUCUGGAGAUCCAGUUUCAGAUCGAACGCUCCUGCAGGGAGAACGCCGAGGCUUUGGCUGUAAAAGUACGUCACUGAACCACCACUCUAUUAAUUUUUUCUUUCUUUCUUUCUUUCUUUACUCAUUUAUUUCUUUUUCAUUUCUUUCUUUCUAUCUAUUUAUAUCUUUCUUUCUUUUUCUAUCUUUUUGUCUUUCUUCCGUCUUUCAAUUUCUUUUUUCUUUAUUUCUUUCUCUCUUUUAGUCUGUCUUUCUUUUCAUUUCAUUUCUUUCUUUCUUUGUCUCUAUCUUUCUUUUAGUUUUUCUUUUCUUUUCAUUUCUUUGCUUUUUUCUUUCUUUUUUUCUUUCCUCAUUUAUUUCUUUUUCAUUUCUUUCUUUCUUCCGUUCUGUCUCUUUCUUUCUGUCUUUCCUUUUCUAUCUUUUCUUUCCUUCUUUCAAUUUCUUUCUUUCUUUCUCUUUCUUUCUUUCUUUUUGUCUUUCUUUCUCUAUUCCUUUUUCAUUUCUUUCUUUCUUUCUUUCUUCUUUCUUUUUUCCUUUCUUUCUUUCCGUCUCUUUCUUUUCUUUCAUUGUUUCUGUCUUUUCUUUUUCUAUAUUUCUCCUUCUUUCUUUCUUCUUAAAUUUCUUUUCUCUUUCUUUCUUUCUUUCUUUCUCUCUUUUAGUCUGUCUUUCAUUUCUUUUCUUUCUUCCUUUCUUUCUUUCUUUCUUUCUUUCUUUCUUUCUUUGUUUCUCUCUUUUAGUCGGUCUCUUUCUUUUAGUUCUUUCUUUUCAUUUCUUUCUUUUAGUUUUCUUUCUUGUCUUUUCUUUCUUUCUUUCUUUCUUUCUUUUCUGUCUUCCUUCUUUCCUUCCUUCAUUCCUUCUUUCCUUCCCUCCUUAUGCAGGUAGUUUUUCCACAAAUUGUCCCUCUAAGAACUCACCUUCCCUACCUCUAAAUGCUUAUUUGAAGGGGAUGAACUGAUAAAAGAUUCCACCCUCCCUGUCCUCCAGACUCACCAUCAUUUCCUCCGUUGCCUAGGUGACCAAAGAAAACAAAGUCCUGAAGAGGAGGAGUCAGAUGCUGAUGCCGCUCAUCCCUGAGUUGCCUGAAAACUUGGCUGCCGUGACCUUUGACGCAGAGACCGACCCUGUUGUCGGCGGUGACGAGGUCGAUGUGGGAGUGGGGAGCAGCGAGGAGACGCUGCUGCUGGAGAGUCAAGCUAAAAUCACAGGUUAAUAAACGGGAUGAUGUCAAAUGUACAGCAAAGAAAAAAGACUGUGGUAUUUAAUUUAAUGGUGUGUGUGUGUGUGUGUCAGAGCUUCAGGCAUCUGUCGAUGGUCUCCUGGCUGAGAAGUUACAGCUGGAGCAACAAGUAGAAGAUCUGACCAAAGAGCAGGUUCAACUCAGAGAGCAGGUACAGCAGCGUACGUGUGUAUCUGUGUGAAUGUUUACAUGUAUAUGAGUGUGUAUGCGUUACUUACCUCCUAACACUCUCUCUCUCUCUCUCAGCUGGCACUGGAGAUGGAGGAGAAGGAGGCCAUACUGAGGAGUAUGACCAAACAGAGCAAAACCAUGAACAAAAUCAAAAGAGGUGAGUCGUCCGUUUGUUUCUGCUGCAGCUGAUCAUUUUCUUCAGGGGUUGAUCUGGAAAUUUCCACUCAAGAUUUAAUAACUGAAGCAGAAGGAACAGUGGUGUGCUGUACACCUUCAGGGGUCUAGUGGAGUCCUGCUGGGUGUAUUUGCAUGUAUAUUAGCAUCAUCCUGUCUUCUUGGUCAUGAUAAAAUCUCUUGAAUCAGUUUUUUUAUUUAAAAAACAACAAAAAAAAAAGAAAGUGAGGAGAGUUUCCCUCAAAGCCGCUAAAUCUCGUCUUUGUACGUUUCUGGACCUUCACAGUCUCCCAGCUUGUCAACGAGGAGUUCACAGAGAUGUCUCAGAAGCUGGAGCUGGAGCAGGGCCUGCGGGCGCACGCUGAAGUCUUCGCCCACCAGGUGUGAGCGCACGCCCCCGUGCACAGAUAUAUGUGUGUGUGUGAGGUGUAUAUGUGUGCGUUUUCUGCCCAAAACAUUUUGUCAAACAUUCACACCUAUGGACACUGAGGGUGACAGGUCGUGCCACGGAAAGGGAGCGGGAGUGUCGACGCUGACCUUCCGGCGGGUACGGGCAAGACACAGGCGCGAGGAGGGGAGGGAGGGCUCGCACACGCACACACACACACACACACACUCUCUUACACACACACAUACGCAGCGCUGUCAGAGUGCAGCUGAUGUGCUGGGACAGGAGAAGGGGUCUCCAUUCUCUGUUUUCACACUGAUGACACUUUGGUCAAACCCGGGCUGUCUGUUUGAGGUGAGAUGUUCACACACACACAGACACACACAGACAGACACAAAACAAAGGCCGACACACACACACACACGCUCCGGAAAAACACCAAUUCACUCCAAGUCCACAAACCCAAACACUCACACACACACGACACAGUCCUCCUGCCCCAGCUGCUCCCAUAAUGAAGGCCUUUCCUUUCAAAAAAACACCUCUCUGUCCCCUUCCCGUCCCAUUUAGCCCCUCCCUCUCCUGUAAUUAGCGGUCAUCACGGCCGCUAGAGGAGAAUAGUGGUCUUUAAACACAACCUGUCUUUGCCUGACACCUUUAUGUUGCGCCGAGCAUACAGCAAUUGUCGCCUUUGUGCGCGGUGUCCUCCAUUUACCGGACAGGCGCACAAUGGGCCUCCUCGCAGGGGUCCUUACCUGUGAAAAGGACCCCCAACCGCUCACACAAUUCAGCCCCUUUUACUCUCAAUUCACGGUAAAAGACCCCCCUGUGCUGAAUGCCUCUUGUAUGCACUACUAUUUGUCUGUUUUCAUGUGUUUUGAAAACACCAACCAUUCACACCUCUCCUCUGUGAUGCGUGCUGGUAUAAUGACGCCAGGCCUCAAACAGGAAACAAUUUGGACCUUUUUUUUUUUUUUUUUUUUCCUCCUGUGUGUGUGUGUCUUUGUCUCUUUGUAUAGCAGUGUGCAGCCGGGGCUGUGUGUUUGUGUGUAUGAAAUAAUUGUGCUAAUUGAUGUGUGAAAAUUGCUCCCUGCUUAAUAAGGGAGAGGGGAGAUCAGAGCAGAGCGGGUUUCUGAAUGCGUCGGCUGACACGGAGCUCAAUAAAACCCGCAGCCCCCGGUUUGUUCUCACAGGAGGAAACGAGGAUAUGAAAACCAUUUUUCCUCACACUUCCUGUCCUGACAUUUCAAAUAUGUGCGCACAGUUUGUCGGAGACACGGAGGUCACGUUUCAUUUCCUAUUAGUGCAGUAAAGAGGGUUUUAUGACUGCAAAUGCAGAUAGAUUACACAGGAUGGAUUUUACUGCAAACGUUGAGGGUUAUUUUAAAUUUUUCUCAUCCUCUUUAUCGGAAAAAUUCACAUUUCGAGUUGCAUCCCUUUUUUUAGCCUGCUUUUGAUUUAUCAUUCGGCACUGAGGCGAGCAAAACGCACACUCUCAGUGGUGUUUGAUUGAAAACAGAAAUGACAGGUUAAAGAUAUAUCUGUGCAUCAGUCUCACCUCUGUCCUAGGGAUGCACCGAUAUGAUGUUUGAUAUUGGUAUCAGUCCCAAUACUGACCAAAAUUCUAGAUCGGGUAUCGUGACAAUGGGCCCGAUGCAUAGGAGUAAGCGCUGUUUAGGUUUUGCGGAGCGGAAAAAAUAAUUGAUAAGAGGGGAAUGUCUGAAAACGUGUUUCUGGUCCGAGUUUGAUCGGUCUUCCUGUCGGCAUGAAGAGCAGUAGCCUACAGUAUAUCUACAGUAUAUAUAUGUAUUUUUUAUAACUUAAUAAAAAAUUUAAAAAAUCGGCAGAUUAAUCGGAUUUUACCGAUUAUCGGCCCCAAAAAAUCCAUAUUGGUUGGGGCCUCCUUUGCACACUUCUCUUCACGCUAGCUAACAUCCUUCAGCUCUCGGACACUAAUGUCUUUAGGGGCAUGAUGAAAGUUAAUAUCAUUAUUAGCUUUCUUACGAGCAUUGCAAUCCGCUAACGCACACACUUGUCUCCCAGUCUGGCUAUAGGAAAUCUAUCUUUAUGUGAGUCUGCCGUUUGGGUCCAAUUACUCGAGUAAUCAAUAGAAUAUUCGGCAGAAUACUUGAUUACUAAAAUAUCCGAUAGCUGCAGCUCGAACCUCAACAUACAAGCUCGACGGCCACUUGCAAUACCUGCGCAGAAAAUGUUCCGAGUGGCAGUAGCAAAAUUUGAGUGCGGCUUUUCUGUAUCAGAAUUGGAUCAGUAUCGGACAAUUUUAAACUGUAGAUAUCUGUAUCAGUAUAGGAGGUGGGAAAAGCGGAUCGUGCAUCCCUACUCUGUCCAUCUGCAUCUCUCUCUGUAAACCCGGUGCUGCAGCGGUAGAUUACUGUCUAGCAUGAGUCUGGUUCUCCUCGAGGUUUCUGCCUGUUAAGAGGAAGUUUCCCUCCUCUCUAAAUGAGUCAUGGCAGGAAACGUUGAGGAACCACUGGGCUAAGGAGAUAAAGUCCCAGUUUUUUACCUUCUUUUACAGUACGUGCAAAAGAGUGAAAAGUUUAUCGAAGGCACUUUGUCCACAAUUUAAAGUCAAAGCUUGAUUUUCUUUUAGUCACAGGAUAAGAAAAAUCAAGACUAAGCGUCACUUUGUCCCUUUUAGUCCAAUUAUCUUGUUGUUAGGAAAAUCGCUCUUUGUCUUAAAGCUAAUUCUUCCCAUCUGCUUUGUUCACUCCCUCUUAAUAAAACUGUGAAGUUACUCGAACACGCUGCCCGUGUUUUUGUUCUAGUCUGAAGACGUUGGAUUGUGACAGCCUCCUGGGGGAGAAAAUUAACGACCACUCACUUAGUUUCUCCUUUUAAUUGAGCCUCGCUGUCUUUGCUUGUUGUGUUUCCUUUUGGAUAAUCAGACGGGCUGAUUCAAGAAGUCAGAAAUGUGAACUUGAUUUCUUUUGUCUUGUUAGAUGUUGGUGCAGCAGACGGAGGGCCGCAGUCAGUGUGUGAUGUUGAUGCAGAGCCCGGAGACCGGCCUGCAGCUGAAGCAGGCGCUGGAGCAGAUCUCCACCAUCAGCACCGCCCUGACGGACAUCCAGAGCUGUUACCUCGAGCAGGUGUGUGUCUAAAUGUGACCGAAAGAAGCGAAAAUAGCGCUCGCUACUUCUACUUGUUAUAUCCUGCUGUUUCUUUUAGUUAAAACAGAGUCAGAGCCCGCUGGAGGAGAGGAAGGAGGUCUCUGAGCUACAGGAGCUGAAGGAGCAGCUGGAGAGGAGCGAGGAGGAGAGGAAGGCCGUGGAAACUCAGCUGACUGAGUCCACGAACACUGUCACUCAACUCCAGCAGGAGGGUAAACAACUAUUUCCUGCUAAUUUCCUCCUCGUUUUUAUCAGUUAUGUGGAUUAAAUCGUCUUUUCUUUUGGUUUUUGUUUUCAGUGAAACAUUUACAGGAGAAGUUGGACAGUGAGGACAAAAUCAAGGAGCCAGCAGCAGCAACAACUCCUGCUCCACCUCCACCUCCUCCUCCUCCGCCUCCUCCUCCACCACCUCUCACUUCUGUCACCAAGUAUGUUAAACUGAAGCGAGAGUUCAUUGAAUUAUUAAAGCAAGAGUUUCUAGAGAUGUUGGAGUACAUGAUACAGUUUCAGUAAAGUGACUCACAUGACUCAUCUUUCUCUCUUUUUCUCUGUUCUGUUUUAAGCUCGCUUGAUUUCCUGAGAAGCAGGAGAAAAGGUGGAGCCGGUAAAACCGAUCAGAACAGUGAGUCUGACACUUGUCGUUCACCUCAGAGAUGAAUCCUCAACAGUAAAAUGCUGAAAUACAAAAAUGAGUCAUUUGGCGACUUUGAAAAAUGUGACUUGUUUUCGAUCUUGAAGAAGCAGCUCCUGUAGCGGACAUGAAGGCGAAAGCAGUGGAUGAAAUGAUGGCGAGAAUAAAGCAAGGAAUCGUCCUCAGGCCCAUCAAGAAAACUCAGGUAGACACAGUUUCUUUCUUUGUGAAAAUACAGACAAUAAAAGAAAAACUCUGACGACUACUGCCUCUGUUUACAGGAGGACGACAGCUCAUGGAAGGUCAGUUUUUAUUCCUUUUUUCUCUCAUCAUAAAACAGUCGAGAAAGUCACUGAGUCCUUCUAACAAAGUCUCAAAUCACCCUGCAGGACCAGAGGACUGAAAACAGAAAAUCAGCCAUACACGAGCUGAAAGGGAUGCUGGUAUGACACCUGAAUCUUACAUUCUUGGCUCCAAGGCCAAACUCUUGAGCAAUAAUCGCCAACAAACGGGGUUUGAUGAAGUUAAAGGGAUAUUCCGUCGUAAAAUUAAGUUAGGGUCAAACACACCGUAUCAAGAGAUGAAUGUUGCUGACCGCUUGCUUCUCUAGUUAUACCAACUUUAGUAAGCAUGAUAGCAAUACACAGUGGUCCAAGGGUCCCCGCACAAACCCCAACCUAAAAGCCACUCUGUAGCCACAAAUGAUGCUCAGAACAGCACUUACCGUAUUUUUCGCACUAUAAGAUGCACCAGAUUAUAAAGUGCAUUAUGCCUAACAAAACAGAUAAAUCAAACUUUAUUUAACUCAUUCAAUAACUCCUUGAGGCUACGGUAGCUGCAGUGCUCCAACAAGCCAAAAGGAUUUUAAGUGCGCCUUAUAGUGCGAAAAAUAUGGUAACUUCUUCAACAGUUCAUAUAGGGUCUCAGCCACAGCACUAACCACCAAACAUCUUUUUAACUUUGUCAUAUUUCAAAGAGAAAGACAGCAAAGAGACUAAACACAACUCACCUACUCUCUUCCAGCAGCCACUUAUUCGCAGCAAGACCUCAGGCCAGUCCAUUAUGGACUACAUUGGAGUUUCGCAGCUCAAGGAAGAACAUUUAUGAUUACUUCAUGGAAAUGCAAUCAGACCGAGAUGCUAAGGCAGAAGAACUACCGUGUCUGCAGUGCAAAAUGAUUAAUAUGGUGAUUAUUACUUCAAGGAAAUGAUAAAGAAAUGAUCAUAAAUGUUCUUCCUUGAGCUGCGAAACUCCACUGUAGUCCGGAUUGGCCCAAGGUCUCACUACAAACAAGCAGCUGCUGGAAGAGAGUAGGUGAGUUGUGUUUAGUCUCUUUGCCAAAGAAAUCAGGCAAAGUUAAAAAGAUGUUUGGUGGCUAGUACUAUGGCUGGGACCCUGUAUGUACUGUUGAUGAAGUUAGGUGCUGUUCUGAGCAUUAUUUGUGGCUAUAAAGUGGCGUUUUGGUUGAGCGCGUGGCUCUCUGUAUUGCUGUCGUGUGGUAGUUACUAAAAUUGGUAUAACUAGAGAAGCAAGCAGUUGGCAACAUUCAUCUCUUGAUAUGGUGUGUUUGACCCUAACUUAAUUUUACACCAGAAUAUCCCUUUAAGCAGCUGUGUUUUCAAACAUCUUUUCACAUCAGGACAACAUGAAACGUCAGCCCCAACGCAGGCUGUCAUCGAGAAGAGGGACGGGACGACAGGUCGGGGAAGUGGAGCUCAUGCAGGUGCUCCAGAGGAGGAGGAGGGCGAUCGGGGAGAACAGAGACAUGCUCCCUUCAACACAAACAUCAGGUACACUCAAAGACAAACCGUGACGGUUGCCAUAUUUAAAAUGUUGUAUUAACUUUCACUCAACCUGAGGCCUUAAAAUGUUCCGAUCUCUCGGUCAGACCCUCAGCCAGGUCAACAGAGCGUCCCGGCUGCAGCUGAAGACGUUCCCUGGGCAGGUGAGAUGGGCAGCGCCCCCGUUCUCCGGAGGCUGAGACAGAACCGAGAGAAGAGAGACUCUCGCAUCAGAGCGUCAGCGCUGAUAAUGGGUCAAGAAAACUGAGAGGAGAAAACCUCGACAUCAGCACCACUGUUGUCUGAUUCUGUCUCUGUUUGAUACUGAAGAUGACUUUGAUAAUUAAACUGAACCUGAAAAAACUGA